AGAUUUGUUUCAUUUUGUCUUGGUGAGUCUGAUCUAAUUUGUCAUUCUUUCAUCUCUUGAUGAGUUUGAAUUCUGCGUUGACCGAAUAAAUCAGACAGAAAAACUAAGACAUGUUUAGAUGUUGCAUCCUUUUAUAGUCGAAUGAAUUGUGUAACACCGACAAACGUUUAUCCGGAGUCUUGCAAUUAAUCAGGUCACGGUUUUUUGUUAUUUAGAGAGGUUGCUUUCUUUCCACUGCCUGCUUAUUGCUGCUAGAGUAUUUCUUCCUCGUCAAAAGUGUGAACAACUUUAAACCAUGUCUUCCAAUUCGUGUGUUGUAGUUGAACCAACUUCUAAGGAACUUUUCGACCAUUACGGAUCGAACACUGCAGCAAUUGUUUUGCUUGUCUUCAUGUCUCUCUUCAGCGUGGUGACUGUCAUCAUGUACCUAGAGGCAUGUCAUUACAUCAACAAGAAAGUCAAUGAUAGCCGAACUCGGGUUAGACUGAUGGUCAUCCUCGGCAUCUAUCCAGUUUACUCGACGACAUCAUUGCUCGCUCUUUAUAUUCCAAGAGCACAUCUUAUAACCUACCUGACUGCAACAUUAUAUUUUUCGGUAGCCCUGUAUCAGUUUUUGAUGCUGAUUGUGAGCUAUUUUGGUGAAAGGGACCAAAUGAUUGUCAAGCUACAAGGCUCGAAGAUUCCCAUCGCCAGCCCUCCUCUACUCUGCUUCUUUCCUUGUCUUCCAAAACCAGAUAUGAAUGUCAAGAACCUGCUCCGUCUUCGUCGUCUCGUUCUCCAGUUCGUCUUCAUUCGACCGAUCUGUAACUUCAUCGCUCUUAUUCUUUGGGCCGACGGAACCUAUGUUCCAGGAUUGUUUACAGCCGACAGUGCAUACGUGUGGCUUUCGGUGAUCGCUCUUUGUUCCACCUUUGCUGCCCUCUAUGGCGUCAUUAUCCUCAUGCGAAUCACUAAAGGACCCUUGGAGGGGUAUAACGUCCAGCCCAAGUUCUUGCUCAUCCAGCUCGUCCUCGUACUCAUCACCUCUCAGCUCGUCAUCGUCGGCAUCUUCGUGCUCACGGGAAUGGUUCCAUGUGACUACCCGUUGGGGUCGCUAGCCAGGGGAUACUAUUACUGCGAUCUCCUGACAGUUGCAGAGAUGCUGGUGUUUAUCACCUUCGCACGGUUCUUCUUCCGAAAGCGCAUCGACAGAACACCAUCUGGCAAGGACCACCCCGACCACACCUACAACAUCAGCAAGCGCAACUCCGAGCCUGUCCUCGACAUCAAACAGAGCUACACCUCCUCCGUAACGACCUCAAAGAUGAACGGCAACGGCGUCAGCUAUAACAAUAAUAACAGUGGAUCUUUCGUCAACGAAGGAGCGGACGCUGUCGAGGUCGACGUUGAGAACGGGCCUACGUUGAAGUCCUUCAAAAAGCUCGAAGAGGAAUAUGAAUAUCAGGAUAGGGAUGAGAAUGAUGUCGGGCAUGGAGAUAGCGAUGUGCCGACGGACAUCGAAGUCAGUAUCCAAGAAAAUGUGUAGCUCUGUCUCACUAACUUGCUAAAAGAGAAAUGUACCAAGAGUUUAGCAUUUUAAGAGGACUCAUUAAAAGGGAAAUUGUGAUAUGAUGUAAAUAAUCCAACCAAUAAUAUUUUAUAAUAUUUUAUUUAUACAGGCCCACAUACAUGAUGCAAUGUGUAUAAGCUGUUUUUACAGUGAUUUUCAAGAUUAUUGAAGACAUCCCAUACAGCCCUCUUUGUAUUUAAUUGUUACCUAUUUCUGUCUUAUGCCAACCUUAUACCUGUUUUAAGAUUAUCAUCAGCCAAGACAUGAAAAGGCAUCAUUAUAAUGUUUAAAAGAGGGAAUACUUUUUUUGGAAAUGCAUUUUUGGCACAGUUCGUGCAUAUAAACCAUCAUUCCAAAUUUCAAAUUUUAUGUCAGACUACGGCAUCUCGUUGACUGCAAGAGGCUUUUUAUUUUUAAUCUUUGGCCUGUACUAGCCUACUUUUUGUUGUUUUUACGGCAAACCUCGUACCGACCUUGUUACAUUUAUUUUUAUCCCCCCCCCCCGAAUACGAUUUUCAACAUCGCCUUGCAUAUCAAGAUAACUAAUGGUAUGCGGAACAUAUUAAUAAUAAUAAUAAUUGACAUUUAUAUAGCGCUUUAUCAAUCUACGACUUCACAAUUAUUAUUAUCCGGUCA